AUGGUAGGCAAAGCGAAACCAAGUGCCAAAACGUCGGCGAGCAUAGCAGAAGCUGCAGGUCAAGAUGAAAGACCAAAGAGCCCAAGCAGACAGAAAAGCUCAAGCAGACUGAAGAGCCCCAACUCUCCUAGCAAGACGAAAAUACCAACUAGACAGAGAAGCCCCACCAAACAGCGCAGCCCUGCUAGACAGAAAAGCCCAGGCAGGCAGAGAAGUCCUGCUAGACAGAGCCCUUCAAGGCAGAGCCCUGCCAGGACCAAACCAGAGCCAGUUAGGCCUCAGACACCCACAAGGACCAGUACCAGGGUGCGCAGUCCUGCCAGACUUAGGACUGCUUCUCCCUCUCUGCAAACUUCUACACCCAUACAGAUGCCUUCAAAGAGGAGUCCUAUACGUGGGUCUCCUGCUAGAGGGGCCAGCAAAGAGCCCUCAGUAGAUAAAGAAAGAGAGAUACCUACUAAAAAGCAGAUAAUAAUCAUUGAUACAGAAAGUGAUUCUGACAAUCCUGAAAUUGUUCCUGAAGUCAAGGAAAAACCAAAAGCCACUGUAAGGGGUAGAACAAGAGGUACUGAUGGGAUAUUAGAACCAGAAGAGAUGGACCUGAAGAGAGUAACCAACGACGAAACGUCAUCGUACCUGAUCAGACGGUUCACCCGCUCCUCCCAAAACCGCGACGUCGAAAAAGUCGUGCACCUCAAACAUUUCGACUCUGUAACUGUCACGAAACGCCUCGGAGAAUUCUCCGAUGAAGACGACAUACACGAGAAAAAACCCCAAAGCAAACCGACCUCUCAAACCCCAAUUGAAUUCCUCGGCCCUUACGGCGCUCUAUUUUCGAUCCUAGCGAUGCCUGUCGCCGUUUUGGCACUCUAUGCGCUCUGCAACGAGAGCCGGUGCUCGUUCGACUUACCGGACUUGAACAAAUACAGGGCUUUGGAUGUCUUUUUCGACGUGAAAUCUUGCUUGGGGUUGUUGGCCUACAUUGUCCUUCUGGCUAUCUUCUCUGCUGUGCCUACAGGGGGCUCUAAAAUCAGCGGGCUUCCCAACAAACAUGGCAAACUGGAUUAUAUCUUGAACGGCUUAUUCGCUUUUUCUCUCAUCCUUUCCGUGGUUUGUGCCUUGGAAUUGAGGAACGUCGGGGUUUUUUCUUAUGUUGUCAAACAUCUGUUUCACUUGCUUUUCGGUUCUGUUUUGUUGGGGUUGGUUGUUUCGAUUGGUGUUUAUUUGAAGAGCUUUUACGUGCCUGUGAGUGCUUUGAAUGCUCAUGCUGUGGGACGAGGUGGGGUUUAUGGGUUUUUUAUGGGACAGGAGGUGAAUCCCAGGUGGUUUUCUGUCGUGGAUGUGAAGGUUCUGUUUUUUAGAGCGUCUGUUAUCGGAUCGAUUCUCAUCGACUUUGCCUUUUUGUACCAAUCUCUGAGCCACCGUUGGACGUCCGCUCAAGAUCCUGAAAAUUCUGCCGCUUUCGAUCCGAAAUUCCUAACCACCCAACCCACCCUCUUUGUCCUUGUACUUCUUCGCACCAUCUACUUCACAGACUCUCUCAUCUUCGAAUCAACAUGGAUAACCUCGUUCACAAAUCGUCAAGAAGGUUUUGGAUAUUUGCUGGCGAUGUCCUACUGCCUUGCCCCCUUUUUCUACGCCCUGCCGGUGAAGUUCGUGGUAGAAAACGGGGUGGAAUUGGCUAGCUGGAAGUUGGCGGUCGUCUCAUUGGUGUUCGCGUUCGGAUAUUUGUUGUACAGGGCGAGCAACAACCAGAAGAAUGCGUUCAGAAACAACCCAUACAGUCCUGCUAUGUCACAUUUGGUAACAAUCCCGACCACCCAAGGCCGCAAACUGGUCGCCUCCGGUUUCUGGGGCAUCGUGCGCCACCCCAACUACCUCGGCGACAUCUUGAUGCACCUGUCUCUCGUCCCGUUCGUGCUCCUUACUCCGCCGCUGCUGGUCGGCCUGCUGACCGUCCUGAUUUUGGUCCAUCGCACCGGCAGAGACAACGCUCGCUGCCAGCGGAAGUACGGCGCCGCUUGGGAGAGGUAUUGCAACAGGGUGAGAUACGCGCUAGUGCCCAAAGUGUACUAG